GACACAUUUGCAAGACUGUAUGCAACUUCUGGAAAGGCCAACAAAUGUUUGAGUUGCGGAUGAUUCCAGUUGUGUUUACUUGAGUCUCAAACAGCAAUUUCAAAGCAGUUUUCUGCCACAAUUCUUUGCACUACCUCCGGACUGUGUUGAUUGUUGGUGAAUCACCUAAUUCAGAUGUCCAAAAUCCUGUUGCCUGCCAACGACUUGGCAACAUAAACUCUACUCGUUUGUAAACAAAGCCCACAACCAUCCACGCCAAAUCAAAACGGCUUCAUAAUGGCAGUUCUUGGGCAUCUUGAACGUCCGAACUGUGAUGUUUUCGUUCGAUGGAGACCUCUGAGUGCAGAUGAGUCAUCGGGGCCGGAGCUGGAGUACAAGACAACAAAGCAACCUUCUGAAAAAGGAGGAAUGCAAUCGGUGUCGCUCAAGUCUCAACUUCGGAUUGGACCGCCUCCUAAGUUCGGCCGUCAUCAGACAUGGAAGAGUGGCGCAUCUUAUUCUCACGUAUUCCAGGCGGACGACAAGAACGAUGACCUUUACCAAAAGGUGGUCGCACCGAGUAUCCCACAGGUUUUAGAUGGGGCCACCUGUACCUUCUUUGCAUAUGGCCAUACUGGUAGUGGAAAGUCGCACACUAUAAUUGGCCCUGACUCCGAAAAGGAUGAGCAGCUCGGAUUAUGCUUAGCCGCCGCAAAGGAUCUUUUCCAAGCUCUUGAUGCCUUGAACAAAGAAAAUGACAAAAGCGAAGACAGCGACAAGCGUGAACACGAGCUGGGUGUUGCAAUCCGCGUGUUCGAGGUCAGAGGCAAGAGUGCAUGUGAUCUCCUCAAUGAGCGGACUGAAUGCUAUAUUCGCGAAGGCAGCGAAGGCACAGUGCACGUUCGCGGCGCCACCGAGUUACUGGAGGAUGGCAGAGUACGUGUACGCCCAAUCACCGCCAAAGUGUCAUGGUCGUUUGAGCAAUCUCGAGCAACAAUUUCCGAAGCCCUUUCUCUGCGACAAGUCGGUUCUUCUACCGUUCAUGACGAGAGUUCUCGCACGCACGCAAUCAUGGAGCUUGAAAUUGUGAAUCGAGCGCUGAUGAAUGCACGCGAUGCAGUCAUCGAACGGGAGUCUGAGCUUGUGCCUGUAGGCAAACGAGCAACUGAUGUGUACGUGGAAGAGCAUCAGGCGGCAUUGAUGUAUUGCGAAGGUACAUAUGUAAUGAGGCCCGACCGACCACUCAAUCAAGCGCGAAUCGACGCCGCGGAAGCCGAAAAACGGGAAUACGAAAGCCGUGUUCAAGCUGCCGAAGCCAAGGUGGAUGAGUGCUUCAAAUCUAGCCGGCACCCAGGCCUGGGAGGAAAAUUUGUUUUCGUUGAUCUGGCUGGUUCAGAGUAUUUUCACCAAGUCCUUGCGUCGUCAGAGAGGGUCGCCAAACAGAGCCCACAGGAGCGGCAGCAGGUCCGCCAAAUCAAUGCAGACCUCUUCGCGUUGAAGGAAGUGAUUCGCGCCAGAGCUUCCAACCAGGCACGCGUGCCAUACCGUUCUUCUCCGUUGACGAUGAUACUACGCAGCCAUUUCGUAGGUGCACGUGUUGGGAAUUCAGCCAUGAUUUUGACCGUGUCGCCUUCAGACUCUCAAUUUGCAGCAACUAUGAAUACACUGAGAUAUGGUGAUCUGGUAGGGAGUGCUAGGCUGGGUGAAUAGCAUUAGUCUCGAACAAGCAGUUUUUGAUUUCACUUUGACGAUGGCGAUUCAAAUAACCAACCAAAAGAUUCAACUACGACGGAGCUGGUGAUGGAAUGACAGGAAUGUUUUCGGGUGAUAGCUACUGUUGUUGUUGUUGCCGUCCAGCACAAGGAGUGACAAAGUCGAUAGUGGUGAAUCUGAAUGAGUAUUUCCUGUCAUGCAAUGCACCUUCGAGUAAGAACUAUCAUG